UCAGCGGCCGCUCUCUGCUCCCUCCCAGACCAUCCCGUCGCGGGGCGGUGCAGUGCAGCCGGGCGGCAGACGGACAGAGGGGUGCCUGCGCUGCGCUCCACUCCACCUACCCGGACCCGGACGCGGCUCUGAAGUGGAUGUAAUUAAAGUUUCCAUUGUCUUUCACUGGAAGACACACUUGUAAACGGAACUAUGGAAAAACCAAAUAAAGCCGCUGAAUUUCCAAAUCCCACUUACCCUCCAGGUUAUGCAGGAAAUCAAGUUCCUUAUGGAUAUCCUCAGUACGCACCUCAAACUUUCCAAAAUGCUCCAGGACAAGCUAAUUAUGCCCUCCAGGGUUACCCAGGAGGAGCUCCAUAUGGACCUGGGGUCCCGCCAGUCCAAAAUCAGCCUUCUGGGCCCAGUGGGGCAGCUUGGAUGCAAGCACCUCCUCCCCCUCUCAACUGUCCACCUGGAUUAGAAUACCUAAGUCAGAUUGACCAGAUAUUAGUUCAUCAGCAGAUUGAGCUUCUGGAAGUUCUUACCGGUUUUGAAACUAACAAUAAAUAUGAAAUCAAAAACAGCUUGGGGCAAAGAGUAUAUUUUGCAGCGGAGGAAAAUGACUGUUGUACUCGAAAUUGUUGUGGACCAUCACGACCUUUCACCAUUAGGAUCGUUGACAAUAUGGGUCAAGAAGUGAUAACAUUGCAGAGACCUCUCAGAUGCUCUUCAUGCUGUUGUCCUUGCUGCUUGCAAGAGCUUGAAGUUCAGUCCCCUCCAGGUACACCAGUUGGCUACAUAAAACAAAACUGGCACCCCUGUCUGCCUAAAUUUACUGUUCAAAAUGAAGCAAAAAUAGAUGUAUUUAAAAUCAUUGGCCCAUGCGUUGUAUGCAGCUGUUGUGCGGAUAUUAAUUUUGAGGUGAAGUCGAUGGAUGAAAGUUCUGUAGUCGGAAGAAUUUCUAAGCAGUGGUCUGGAUUUGUAAGAGAGGCAUUUACAGAUGCUGAUAAUUUUGGAAUCCAGUUUCCAAUGGAUCUUGAUGUUAAGAUGAAAGCUGUUAUGAUUGGUGCUUGCUUCCUCAUCGAUUUCAUGUUUUUUGAACAAACUGGGGACAAGAACCAGCGAGCAGGAGUGUGGCAGUAGAAUCUACUGUUGGAUUUAAAACAUGCUUACAGAGAAAAGUUUCACACUGCUUUGUGCUCUUUUUCUAAAAUACAUUACAAAAGUCCAGUAUAUAUAGAACAUCUCUGGAUCUUUUGCUUAUUGCUAGUUUCUUUUGUAACUUAGGGUUUCUAUUGCCCUAUUUUAUUGUUUUGAUAUUGCAAAUACAAUUCUAUACCUCUGAUAUAAAUAUAGAUUAAAUCCUGUAUAAAUAA